UUAGGAGGGAGUCAAGAAUGCACAAGACAACCCAAUACAAAUCAGCAUGUAGGUUCUAUCAUUGGGGUGGCGAUAGGUGGCGCGCUGUGUAUCCUGAUAUUAAUUGUCAUUAUUGCUGUACUUCUCAGACGAAACAAAAGUUUCAGGAACACAUCAGAAAGUAAAAUGGACAAAGACUACCAAAAUAUGGAAUCAUUACCUUCGGGGCGACCUGAACAAAGUAUUGAGUAUGAUGAAAUUGAAAUGGAACCUUCGUUAGAUAUCGGACAGAUUUCUGAUAGGCAAGCAACCGUGGAACCUGAAUAUGUAAAUACUGGUUCAAAGGCAAGUGAACAAAUGCAUGAAAUAAAUGGACAAACAUCAACGUAUUUAGACCAGGCUGAGACUAUUCAAGAUGGCGUGCAAGUUGAUAAUGCAGACAAUCAUGUUUAUGAACAACUUAAA